AUAUAAAAAUAAACUAAAAUUUAUGUAAUAUAAGAUUUCAAAGAAUGGUAGGAAUUAUUAAAGGUACAAAUAUUUUGGGUACUAAAGAAUACGAUAAGGAAUCAUUUGAUCCAACCCAACACGUACUUGAAGAAGAAAAUUCUCCCAAAGAUCCUGAAAGAAAAUUUUUAAAAUUAUAAUUUGUAUUGCAUACUGUAUAGUCUAGUCUACAAAUUAUUAUAUUAUUAUUGUUGAAAUUUAUAUAAUAAUUAACACAGUUUAUUUACAUAGAUUACC